ACUUUUUUUUUCAGUUUUUAGACGCAGUAACCUCUGUAGCUCAAUAGUAUUGCCAACCUUCCGUCAUGUCAUCUGAUGUUGCCUUGAAAACCGCACUGACCAUACUCAUUAUUGUGGACAUCAGUGGUAACUGUUUGGUCUGUUGGGUCGUCAAGAGAAAUCGAGAUAUGAGGACUCCGUUUAAUUGGCUGCUUGUCAACCUAGCUAUAGCAGAUAUCACGUUCGCGGUUUUCCAAGUACCGAAUCACAUUUUAACGUUCACCCCCUCUGAUGUGACCAUUGGCUCAGCUUUAUGCAAAGUGCUCACCGCUGUCACCGCUGGUAAUGUGGCCUGGGUCGGGGCGGCGGCUGGAACCAUUACUCUGGUCGUAAUAGCAUUUGAACGUUAUUAUACCGUCAGGUUUCCUGUCAGUGGCAAAGGAAAACUUACCAAGAAUACAGUGAAGGUUAUCAUUCCUGCUUGUUGGAUCUUUGCAGUAGCAGCAAACAUACCACUUUUCUUGGUUACAAAAUAUGAUGAGAAAGAGGGAGACUGUCGGUGGAAUUGGCCUGAAGACUGGAUGGGUGCGGUGAAUGACACCUCAUGGCUUGUGCUGUUGGCCUGUAUUCCUUUUACAUUGAUGAUCGGCUUAUACUCGAGGGUCGCUUAUGAAUUGUGGUUUAAGCCACGUGAUGGUCCUGUAGUCGUUUGUAGGUACAAGGGAAUACUAAGAGUGCGCAAACGAGUCACAUUGAGUGUCAUCACUAUCAGUAUUAUCUUUGGAAUCUGUUGGAUCACAGGCCUUCUUAUUUACUUCUUGAGUAACUAUAACAUUCUUGUGUUCGGUUCAGCUUCUGACUUCGUUUCUGACAUCAUGUUCAUGUUUAAUUCUUGUGUCAAUCCUUUCGUGUACGCGCUGCUCAACGAACGUUUCAGGCAGAAGAUCAAGGCAAUGUUACACUGCACGUGCAAAUCAAAGAGAUGCUCCCCUGCAACACACGAGCCAGCAACGAUAAUCCAUCAAAAGAACCAACUAAAUACCAAGUGAAAAUCAAAACAAUUCAGAGGAAUUCACCAUAUUAACAGUGCAUAUUUUGAAAUAUUUUUAAUCUAUAGCAACCCGACCGACUUCCCACUAAUUAGAUCCUCUCUAGAAAAUAACCGCGUGGUGUUUAGAUCAGUCCUACGAUGUACUUAGAAAUAUUAAGUUUGUAAGAUGUCUUAGAUAAGUGUCGACGUUUUGCCGAUAAAGGCUGAUUGCCCAAAGUAUUAAAUAUGAUCCAGAACUGACAGUAA